AUGACCUUCUUCGGGCUGCUCCCCUCGUCCGCCACUGCCGCCGGCGGCGGUGCCGGCGUCGCCGUGCUCCGCUUCAGCAAGCGCGUGGCGACGCGCUUCGCCAGCGCAUGCCGCAUCCACGCCUUCGCCGCGCGCUCCGCGAGCUCCGUGCCCGCCGUGGCGCUGGCGCCGUUAUUCCUCCUCCUGCUGUCCGCUCUGGCGCCACCGCCGCCGCCGCUGAUUGGUGGGAGGCGCCUCAGCUCCCGCGGCGGCUUCUUGACUGCAGUGCUUGACUGGACCGUCGUCGUUGUCGUCUCCUGCGCCGCCGGCGGCUCCCUCGUCACCGCCUUCUUCCAGACGUGCGAUAGACGUGACAUGGAAUGA